ACUCUUCCCCACCCCGCCAUUUCUUGGUACACUCCGAGUUGAUUGUUAGUUGAGGCGGCAGCAUGGCGUACACACAACCGGCAGGAAAGCGGAAAAUCUGCUACUACUACGACGGUGACAUUGGCAACUACUACUAUGGCCAGGGUCACCCCAUGAAGCCUCAUCGAAUCCGCAUGACCCACAACCUGUUACUCAACUAUGGGCUCUAUCGAAAGAUGGAAAUCUACCGUCCUCACAAGGCCUCCUUUGAAGAGAUGACCAAGUACCACAGUGAUGACUACAUCAAGUUUCUCCGCUCCAUCCGACCUGACAACAUGUCAGAGUACAGCAAACAGAUGCAGAGAUUCAAUGUUGGGGAGGACUGCCCUGUGUUUGAUGGGCUGUAUGAGUUCUGCCAACUGUCUACUGGAGGAUCUGUUGCUGGUGCAGUUAAGUUGAACAAGCAGCAGGCUGAUAUAGCAGUCAACUGGGCUGGAGGUCUUCACCACGCCAAGAAGUCUGAGGCCUCGGGAUUCUGCUAUGUCAACGACAUUGUUCUGGCCAUCCUUGAACUGCUAAAGUACCACCAGCGAGUUCUCUAUGUAGACAUUGACAUCCACCACGGUGAUGGUGUUGAGGAGGCCUUCUACACGACGGACCGCGUCAUGACUGUGUCCUUCCACAAGUAUGGGGAGUACUUCCCAGGAACUGGUGAUCUGAGGGACAUUGGUGCUGGGAAGGGCAAGUACUAUGCUGUCAACUUCCCCCUCCGGGAAGGCAUCGAUGACCAGGCAUACGAAACAAUCUUUGAACCAGUCAUGUCCAAAGUGAUGGAGAUGUACCAGCCCAGUGCUAUAGUACUGCAGUGUGGAGCAGACUCUCUGUCAGGGGACAGGCUGGGCUGCUUCAACCUCUCACUCAAAGGUCACGGGAAGUGUGUGGAGUUCAUGAAAAAGUUCAACAUUCCUAUCCUGAUGCUGGGAGGAGGUGGCUACACCAUCCGUAACGUGGCACGCUGCUGGACCUUUGAGACAUCCAUCGCUCUGGGCUGUGAUGUCGCCAAUGAGCUGCCGUACAACGACUAUUUUGAAUACUACGGCCCAGACUUCAAAUUGCACAUCAGUCCGUCUAACAUGACCAACCAAAACACACCAGAGUAUUUGGAGAAGAUCAAACAGCGACUGUUUGAGAACUUGAGAAUGUUGCCUCAUGCACCUGGUGUGCAAAUGCAAGCUAUUCCCGAGGAUGCUAUAGACCAGGAGAGUGAAAAUGAUGAAGAGGACGACCCAGACAAGCGUGUAUCAAUUCGUGCCCAGGACAAGCGCAUCACCUGUGAUGAGGAGUUUUCAGACAGCGAGGAUGAGGGCGAAGGCGGGCGACGUGAUCACCACAGCCACAAAAAACGAAAACGGUUGCAGAGGGAGGAAGACAAGAAGGAGGAAGAGAAAAAGACAGAGGGUGGGAAAGACGACACAACUAAGUCAAAGGAGACCAAAUCAGAGGAGGCAGCAACAGCAGCCUCACCAGGAGCACAAGAUGCCAAGGGUGGGGCUGAGCCCAGCAGGGACCCAGAGGUGAAGAUGGACACGUCUGACAGCCUGGCACCCAGCUCUGACAGCAAGGACGCAGGACCUGUGAAUGGCUCCAGCACAGUCAGACCUGCCCUGGGCACUCCGUCUGGAUCUCCCCUGGUGGCCCCCCUGGACCCUCCUGCCUCCACCCAGCCUCAGGAAGAGAAGAUGGAGCACUGAUGAUCAGGUUUACUACUUCUUCAGUAACUCAAAAAAAAGGAGGAAAUACAUUUGGCAAUGUUAAUCCAGGGGAGGGGGUUUUAAGUGAAGGCAUUGAAAAUCCAGUCUUGUCCCCCUUUGUGCUUUACUUUUGAAUUCAGCCCUUCAAGGGAAUGCACAAAACUACUCAUAAGUUGAAUAGUGGCUAUAUUUUUGGAAUGCCUGCCCUUGUGUCCCUGUCAAAUCUUUGUUUAAUGCUUUGCACCCCCUCCCUUGGUAGUCCAUUGACAGAUGUAUGAUUUUGACAUAGGGUCUUUACUAGUAAAGACCUGUGUGAAGAACCACUUGACCAGCUUACAUCUGGGCAAAGUGAUGUGGUAUAUAACAGAUAGGAUGUAUGUGUAUGACAGAAGCUACUUUUUCUACUUAUAGUGCAGACGGGGGUAUUUAAGUGUAGUUGUAGAGGACAGCCAACAUGAGAUGGAGCUUUUGUUGCAUCUGAUAUUAAAGUUGUGAGGAAUUUACAGCAGGCCUUUGCCCUGAGAACAUUAUAAGACACACCUACUGGUACAUACUCCAAUAAAAACUUUGACAUUGUAACUCAUUGCCAUGCAUGAAAGGUGGGUGGUGUGAUGCCAACAAUACAUAACAUGGGCUUCUUACACUCAUGAUUGUCUGAACAUGUCCAAGUAUCUGUGUUCACACUUGUAAAUAUUAUAUUCCCACUGUAGGGCUCUGUUUUUGAUCAAUCACCAAGAGACUCCCAUUUACUAGAUCUGAGAUGUACUGUUAGAUGACCCUUUGUUUGCAUAACUAGAGCUGUUUUGUGGUACUUUACAGUGUCAGGGAUCCAGCUAUUUUCAUCUUCCAUUAUAUUUCUGGUUGAGGGGUAUGCACGUUCUAUGAAAACAAAGAUUACACUUUUAUGUUGUGUUCACUAAAUAAAAAAAGAAAGAAAAAAAGAUGACGACCUUUGUCCGUAAAACACAGAUUUUUGCAUAGUGAGCAUUUCAAUUAUGCAGUACCAGUGUUAGCAUACCACUGAACAAGGGAUAUGUCUAUUUUAUUAUUUCUAUAUUGUCCUGACAAUUCUGAUUUCUGACAGUAUCAUUACAGAAAUAGUUGGAAUCAUUUAGUGUAUGGUGUAGAUUUACAGAGUUCUGUACAAGUUAUUGUUGCUUGUUUGGGAGAAGACCUUGCGCUGUGCCUGUAAAGAAGGCUAAAAUGGAACAGAAGUACUAGUUUUGUAUGUUGACCAUGUCUUGUGAAUGCCCUGUAACAUUUAACUUGUAUCUCAUGUACUAUGUAGUUUUAGACAAUAAAGAGUUCUUAUACUGGC